CGUCAACAACGACAACAAACAAACAUCCUUCGAGCCCAACAACAAAGCAUCGUACGUCGCACCGUACCGUAGCUUGAACCGAACGUACCCAAGCUAAACAUCACCCUUCUAGUGGUCGUUUUGGAAGACGUAUCUGUUGCCGAGAAGACAAGACGAGACAAGCUUACUCCCAAGUGAAGGCAUUAGAAAGGAACAAAAGAAAAUAAAACAAACAACGAAACCAUGUCUCCUCCCAGCGCCAAUCCAACGACGGGGAAGACCCACGUCGCCGAAAAAACGAAACUCCACGAAGGUGGAAGCUUGAAGCCGUAUUCCCACGAAGAAUUGGGGACCUCCGACGAUGUACGUUCUUUGAUUGAUAGGCUGGUGGAAUCGUCGAUUGGCGAAUCGCCUUGCGUUUCGUUGUUGUUUCGGGCCGCUGGCGUCGACGCCGAUGCCGUGUCUACAGGGAUGCCGAUGCGUCCAACCAAAAAGUGCUCGUGCGGGUUCACCACGCUGCACCGUUGCAAACCACGGAGCGGGGUGCCCUUCUGUUCGUCUUGCUGCCACCGACGUUGGAACAGACGCAAGGGUUAGAUUCCCUUCUGCAACGAGUUUGUUGUUUUUUGUCUCGUUCGAUCGCUUGGAACAUGUCUCACUUUCUGAUGUGUUUGUUUUGAUGUUCCUUUCUCGAUCCUUCCGAAUGUGUUCGAUGAACCAAAACAAAUCGCCCAACAAAACUGCACGGCACCGCCUUUUUUUAUUGCCUUGGACAACACGAAAUGUGUCGCACCGACCGCGGUUGCAUUGCUGUGUUCACUCUUGCAUUGAAUUCCAUUUCAUGCCAUUCCAUCUGCUUUGGUUGUUCCCUUUUUUCCUCCUCACGACGGAUUUUUGCAUUUGGUGGCUGCGAAUCAAUCGUUUGGCUUUUGAAUGGCAAACCUGCUUGUUUCCCUCGCCGUCUUGGGUUCCCAACAGAUCGGACGGGCCAAGGAUCCCGUCAAGUACCUCCUGUCGACGGAGCAGCGGGCCCGGGAACGGCAGGUGGCCUACGAAACCGUCCGGUUGCUCCGGGAGGACGUCAUCGAGUGCUACCGCUCCUCGGGCGUCAAUCACUACACGGACUGCAAGGAGAUCAACCAGAAAUACUUUGAUCUGGUGACCAAGAAGGACAUGGGCCAGCUCCACCCCAACUGGAAGAACCCGGAGAAGCACGACGGCUGGUAAGCGGGGACGAUGGCGGCAUGGCCGGGCGUGCUGUGUUGUGCCGCGGACCGGAACGAAACCACACCAGCGGCUCGAUCCACAAACCACUCGUCGUUCGCGGAUGGAACGGAUUGGCGUCCGGGAUUCCCCCCACCGAAAGAAAACAAACGCAUUUUGCGGGUGCGAUGUCCCCCUUUGCUCGUUAGAUAGUGGAAAAGGCGGAUCGAAAAAAAUAGUAUUGAUGCAAAAUAACCAUAAUAGAAAACAAACCUAAGAAUACCAC